AUAAAUAAAAAUAAGGUAUCAAUGAAAAGUCACAGGCCAAAGCUGUGUGUGUGUACCAUCUGAAAGGUAACUGGAUGGAUGGAUGAUGACUGGUUAGCUUUGGGUCUCUUGGCCCUUAAAUGGGAAAAUUUUCCUGGGGGAUGCAUUUAAAAAAGGGCCCGUCAGAUGGGGCCUGGUGGAUGGAUGCCGUGGAGCAAGAUUUCUUGUACCACCACCUCUAUUUCUAAUCUAAUCUAAUAAUAAGAGGAAGAUAAAAAAUAAUUUUAAAUAUAUGAUGAUCAAGAUGAGCGAGCAUAUGAGAAAAAUAUAGCAUUUGUAUUUCUCUAAAAGAGGAAAAGUCUUGGGAAAAAUUUAAAGUUAUGAAUGAAUGACAUUCAAAAUGUACCUCUACAAAUGUUAGACACUUCAUUCGUGAUCUAAAACUACUUACUCAGCCAGGUGUUUGUCAAUGUGUAUAUAAUAGCUAAAAAAGUUUUAUUCGCAAAUGAUUAUAAAAUGUUGUAUGAAAAUAAAAUAAAAUAACAAAUAAUGAAGCCAGAUUAGAAGCUGCGCGAAAGCAUCACUUGGUGGCUCUUUUCGCAUCUCGUUACCUUAUAUAAAUGACACAUCCGACGAGACUCCCAUAUAGUCGUGUAUUGUCUUGUGUUCCGCGAUGAGAUCGAGUUGAUUGUGCUUCGAUACAGUGCUUCAGCGAACGCGCAAUGGGAAACAGCGUGUGUGAGAAUGAGGGACAAAAUCGGGAUUGCAGUGAGAAUCGGGAGAGUAGCAAAAGGGCGCAGGAUGAGGAGCAAGCGCGGGCGUCAGUUGAGGUGAAGCGCGAUCGCCCGAUUGCCUUCGAGGAUGCCCUGACAAAAGUCACGUUCGGCAAGUUCAAUUGCUUCCUGAUCUUCGUGUGCGGCAUGAAUUUGGCGGCGGUGCUGCUGGAGACGCUGGGAAUCAGUUUUGUGACGCCAGUGGCGCAGUGUGAUCUGGAGCUGACGAACAGGGACAAGGGAGUCCUCAGUGCGAUCGCCUUCGUGGGCAUCAUCAUAAGUUCGCACCUUUGGGGCUUCCUGGCCGACACGAUGGGCCGACGGGCUGUGAUCAUGCCGUCGCUCUUCACGGCUUUCGUCACGACCGUUUUGUCCAGCCUGACCAACAACUUCUGGGUCUUUGCCGUGCUGCGCUUCCUCUCAGGAUUCUUCAUUUCUGGAUCAUCUGCAACGGUUUAUGCAUAUUUGGGUGAAUUUCACAACAUGAAAACGCGAUCGCGAGCCAUUAUGGCUGCUUCAACCAUCUUUGGUCUCGGCGGGAUGCUGAUGCCGGCAUUGGCGUGGUUGGUGAUGAAUAACACCUGGUCGCUGGAGAUUCCCUUCCUUGGCAUCGCCUACAAACCUUGGCGCCUCUUCCUUGUCGUCUGCGGCCUGCCGAAUCUCUUCUGUGCCGUUUCCUUGCUCAGCUUGCCCGAGAGUCCCAAGUUUGUCCUGUCGCAGGGCCGUCAGAGCGACACGAUAAAGAUACUGCAGCGCAUCUAUGCCAUAAACACGGGACAAGAUAGAGAGACUCUGAAGAUUUGUGCCAUAAUUGAGGAGUAUGAGAGCCUCGCCAGUCGGAAGCACAACGAACAGAAUGCCAAAGGACCUUGUCGAGUGCUCAGAUCGAUGUACAAUCAGACGGCGCCAUUGUUCAUGGGAGAACACUUGAGGAAGACUCUGAUUGCGUGUGUCCUUCAGUUUGGGAUCUUCACCACCUCCAAUGGAAUGUACAUGUUUUUCCCGGAGAUCCUGAACAGAAUCGCCACGCACAUGGAUCAGUCUGGAGAUAAUUACACGGCGACAAUUUGUCAGGCUGUUCAGGAGACAAAAGUCGAUAUAAGUGAAAUUAUCAUAUCCAGUGAUGCCGCAUGCGAUGUCACGCUGGACAUCUCAGCCUUUGAGCAUUCCUUGGUGCUGGAAGUUCUUUACGCUGUGGGAUUUGUUCUUAUUGGUGUGACGAUCAAUGCAGUGGGCAAACUGGCAAUUCUUGUGUUUGUUCUGAUGGGAUGCGGUCUCUGCGGCAUCGCAUGUGUCUUCACAACUAUUCCUCUCCUCUCCAUUUAUCUCUACGUGAUUCUCUUGCUUUGCGGCCUAGCUGUGACUGUUGUCAAUUCAGCGACUGUAGAUCUCUUCCCAACGCACUUGAGGGCCAUGUCAGUGUGCAUUUCACUGAUGCUAGGUCGUCUAGGAAGCGUUUUUGGGUCAAAUCUCGUGGCAACAUUAAUUGAACAUAAUUGCGAGGCGACUUUUCUCAUGUCUGGGAUUUCUCUGAUCCUUUGCGGCGUCCUGUCCUUCUUCAUUCCCAACGUUCAAGUGCGACCAGACAGGAGAGUUCGCGAGGAGAGACUGAGCAUAUCAUCAUUCGGACAAUAGUGCAAAUAAUUUCAAUUUGGUCAUCUUGUCAUUCAAUUGCGUCUUUGAACCAUUUCAACUCAUUGUGUUUCCGUGUCGAAUCAUCAGCGAUCGCGAAUCUAUUGGGGUCAAUUGAUUGAAAUGAGAUGUUAUUGUGGACUGAGAGAGAUUUAACUCUUGCCUCUUGUUAUUUGUUUUACUUUACUAUUUCCAUUGUAAAUAUCAAGAAUAAAUAGAG